AUUAUAAAGUUCGCGGCUAGUGGAUGCGCGCGGCUGCCAAAACUUUCAAACUGUUGAAAAACGCCGGCGCGAGUGAUACUAGGUUGACAGUUUGCUGUUCUGAAUUUUUAAUGCUAGAAUAAAUCGCAAUUUUAUGAGAAAGUCCGCCGCGUCGCUGAACUUCACUUCCACGGUCGUGUGUGCGCCAAACGAAUUCUGACAAAGUAAACAACUUUUUGUGUAAUCAAGAAACAACCACCCACCAUGCUGCCGCUGCAGGAGCCAGUGCAGCAGCCAGAGCCGCAACCCCAGAGCUUUAAUUGGCAACUGGAGGAUUACGCCUACUUUCGUAAAUGUGGAGAACUUACCACAUCGCCGGAUGUACAGAGCUUUGGCUUCAAUUGCGCCUUUUGCCCUGCAAUUUGCUUGCAGUUCUCGGUGUUUAUGGAUCACAUUCGCGGCCAGCAUAUUCAGGAAAUGAGACGACGGUACGAGGACUGCGAGGAUACAAUCGAACAAACAACCCAAACAGAUUUAAUGAUAAUGGAAAUGGACUGCCAUGACAUAUUCCAACUGGAAGACCAAGACCAGACCACCACAGCCAGCAAAGGCACCAAGAAAUCGAAUUUGAAUGGAAUGGUGAUAGAGACGGAGACGGAGGAAAACACGGCAGACACGCAACGCCUGGCGGUGAUAGACAUGGACAUUCAGUUAAUGAAUAUCGUCGCGGCGACCCCCGCAAUGCAGCUAUCCCAUGCAGUGGGAGCACCCGAAAUAGAUUUGGUUUAUGUUAUGGAAAAUCCAUUGCCACCCUCGCCGCCGCCUUCCGCGGACAUUUUGGGUGACGGGAAGACCUGCCUGCAGGCACUGGAUCCAUUUGAAGUGCUUCAUGAAGUGGUAGAUAUGGUCACGCCCACACCGACGCUCUCACCUUUGGCUGGUGAGAUUGGUGUUGUGGCUGGCGCUGACGUUGGGGUCGCUCCACUUCCACUGCCGCGAUACGAAACACGACGCGUGGCAAUGCAGCGCAAGCUUCGUCAAGCGGAAAACAAGAAUGCAAAAGAUUCAACCAGGCAAGAGGCAGACCCGGAGGCAGUGGCAGAUGCUGAACAAUUCUCCGCCGAGAACGUGUCGGAACUAACACCGCCAGCGACGCCUCCGGCCCCAGGGCCGCCCACAUCCCCCGCGAGUAGUAUUGGCAGCAAUGUGGACUUCCAGGCGCGCACUCGUCGCGAACUGGAACGAAAUCGAGAAUUUGUUGGCUCUCUGCUGGCGGCGUAUGAGCGCAUGGAAAAGUUAUGGAAUCCCAGGCAUCCCGACUACAAGUACAAUGCGAAGCGAAGUGUUUAUGGAGAAUUGGCUGCGCCACUGGAGGGCAUCUGCCAGAUGCAGCUGACCGGCGCCGAAAUCUUCGCCGUACUCAAGGAGCUGCGGAGUCGCUAUCGACGGGAGCUGAGCAAGCUGAAUGCCCUCGGCGGUAAGCACAAGUCCCGUCUGUGGUACUUUGACAAGAUGCACUUCCUCAGAGGCGUCAUCGAGAACAAGCGAGCCGAAAGGGAUGCCAAGGUCACCAAUGAGAGUACCGAAAGCGAGAAGUCCUGUGAAACCGAUGCCGAGUCCUGCAGCAAGUCUGCACUGUAUCGGGAGGUGCUCAGCUUCAUCCUGGAUGCAUUCAAGCGGCUGGAGUGUCUGUGGAAUCCCCAGCACUACGAAUAUACCAGCUGCAGCAAGAAGGAACUGUACCGGGAGAUCUCUGGCCAAUUGCAGGAGGAGCUGAACUACGAGCUGAGUGGCGACGAGUGCUACAAGGAGAUACAGAAGCUGAGGACGCGCUACCGCAAGGAGCUGCGCAUGGUGAUCAAACACAAGGGACUGUAUCUGCCCAAGCUCUGGUGCUACGACGAGAUGGAGUUCCUGCAUCCGAUACUGCAAGAGCAGAUCUUCAAUAAGAUAAGCAAGAAAGUCGGUGUGGUGGAGACCAAUCAGAAGACAAAGUUCAUUGACGCCAGCUCCAUUGAAUUCGGAUCGGCAGAGGAUCAGCUGCAGUUUGUGGAGAUCUAUCGCAACUAUGCGGCGUUGUGGGAUGUGGAUCAUCCCGACUUUCGAUCGAAUGCCUACCGCAGUCAGGCGCUGACCCAGAUGUUGGACGAGCUGAACACAACCUUCCACACAGCGUAUGCCGCCGAGCAGCUGGAGAAGACUCUGUUCGAGCUGCGCAAGGAGUUUUCAGCGCAGAAACGGAAAUUACUCACCAACCCAGGAGAAUCGUGCAGCGUUCCCCUGCUGCACGCCAGACUGGCAGACUUUCUGGAACAGAAUCUGGGUCCUUUUCGAUGCGAUGUCUGCUCAGAGCUCAUCAAAACCUGCGACCAGUAUAAGGUGCAUCGCUCCGGGCACGACGGCACCCCGCCCUUCAUUUGCACGCUCUGCGGCAAGGGCUUCCAGAUGCCGUGCAAUCUGACUGUGCACAUUCGACGGCAUCGGCGCGACUUUCCCUAUGCGUGCGAGAAGUGCGACAAACGCUUUGCCACCUCCACAGAGGUGGCCAUCCACCUGCGGACACACACUGGGGAGCGACCCUACAUUUGUGACCUGUGCGGGAAAUCCUUCAAGACGUGGUCCUUCUUCGACAUACAUCGGCGCAGACACCUCAACCAGUCAACAUUCAGCUGCCCCAUCUGUGCGAAGGGAUUCUACGAGAAGAAUCGCUUCACAGACCACAUGAACUCCCACUGGGCCAUACGCAAGCACCUGUGCACGGUGUGUGGCAAGACCUUUACCACCUAUGGCAACCUCAAGAAGCACACCGAACUGCAUUUGGCCGUGAAGAAGUACAAGUGCUGCACGUGCGGCAAGCGAUUCGCCCAGUUCGCCAGUCUACGAUGGCACAAAAAGCGUGCACACGGCUCCGGGCAAUCGGAGGAGACGUAGACCCACUUCUGUGGGGCUACUCCAGGUUAUUUACACGCCAAUCGUAGAGAGUUAGUUACUAGUAAAAAGUUACAAGUUAUAUUGCCAUCAUCCACUUGAGGAUAUUGCCAGCUGAAAGUGUACUUAUCUUGCGCUAAGUAAUGUAUUUAUUUACCAUUUAAGUAUGUCUGUUAAAUGGCCAGGCAGCAAGAGUUCUGCUGCUUGAGUUCUGUACGCUUAAUCGCUAUAAUCGAGCGAUUAGGUUUCCAUUAGCCGAUCGAUUGUAACUUGCCUUAUGGGUUCAGUUCGGUUCGUUUCGGUUCGGUCGAAAUGUCAUUGAAAGUGAAACCCAAGGCACAUUGAAUGUAUUUAUGUACAUCGUAAAUGAAUGUAAGUGUUCUCUUCAGCUCUUUUGAAGUGGAAACAACCAGUUGGAUUGGGAUAUAUUCUGUAAGAAACUGGAAUAAACUCAUUUUAAGAGAACAAAUUCUCUGCUCAGGCUA